AUGCCUGCCUCCUUGUCAGAGCUGGGUCGCCCGUGUGGAUCCGAAGCCGAUGUUCGGAAGCUCAAGGUGGCUCAAGUGAGGGGAAGGUUGUCUGGCGGGAAGCAGACAGUGGAAGGAGCCCCAGGGGUUGAGGUGGAAGGGCUGCUUUGUGAACCGCUGCAACAUCCGCUGAAUAAAACCGACCGCUUAAAGCUGACUUGGUUUAUCCGAUUGUUUCAGAUGAACAGAUACCCGAUGAGCGUCAUGGAGGGAGAGCUGCUUAAACUCCUGGACACAGCCCCCCCGGACAACGUGAAGGAGAUGAAACGGGAUUUCACAACAUUUCUGAAGCUGUAUUGGAACGUUAUGUUCGGUGAAGAACAGUCUAUUCAGUGGGAUAACAUAAUACCUCCAUCAGAGAAGUCUGUUCUGUCUUACGACAGCCUACAAGCCAUGGAGUUGCCCGAGGACAUGGCCUCUUUGCUGAACAAGCUGGUGGUCGUGAAGCUGAAUGGGGGGCUGGGGUCCAGCAUGGGAGUGAGUGGACCCAAGUGCCUCAUCGAAGUGAGGAACGGCUGCAGCUUUCUGGACUUGGCAGUGGAGCAGAUAGAGCACAUGAACAGAACCUACGGCAGUGACGUCCCGCUGGUGUUGAUGAAUUCCUUCCACACCGACGAAGAGACGUUGAAGGUCAUCCCGAAGUACAGCGAGUGCAACCUCAAGCUGUCCACCUUCUGCCAGAGCAGCUACCCGGUGUUGAGUAAAGAAACUAUGCUUCCCCUGACGCGCGUUGCUGGGAAAUCCGGGGACUCCGAGCUGUGGUACCCCCCGGGUCACGGGGAUAUCUACACCAGCCUGGCCAACUCGGGUCUCCUCAAGAGUUUCCUGGCCGAGGGCAAGGAAUACGCCUUCAUCUCCAACAUAGACAACCUGGGAGCCAGUGUGGACCUCUCCAUCCUUUCCUACCUCCUGCAACCAGCCAACAGUGCCCCGUGCGACUUCAUCAUGGAGGUGACCAACAAGACCAGAGCUGACGUGAAGGGCGGGACGAUGAUACAGUACGACGGAGGGUUGAGGCUCCUGGAGAUCGCACAGGUCCCCAGAGAACACGUGGAGAAAUUCACCUCCGUUUCCCAGUUCAAAACCUUCAACACCAACAACCUGUGGGUCUCCCUCACGGCCAUGAAGUCUCUGGGGGAGAGCGAUAACUUGGACACGGAGAUCAUUGUCAAUAACAAGACCCUCGCGACCGGACAGAACGUGGUGCAGUUGGAGACCGCCGCCGGAGCUGCCAUCAGAAACUUCGACCGGGCGCUGGGGGUCAACGUGCCUCGGAGCCGGUACCAACCGGUCAAGAACACGGGGGACCUGCUGCUGGCCAUGUCCAACCUGUACGGGCUGGAGGGGGGGCGGCUGCAGCUGAGUGACCGCAGGCAGUUCCCCAAACUGCCCCUCAUCAAACUGGGCACAUCCUUCACCCAG